AUGGAUGAGCAUGCACGGUCGAUUAGGAAAGAUCAGGGGCCUUGCAGGCAGGGGCGGAGGGCCUGUUAUGGCCCAGUAUGGCGGGCGCCAUACUUAAGCCCGGCCCAAAAAAAAAUUUUCCUCCCCCCGCGUUGCAUUCAGCCCGCCCCGCAGCCGCCUCCGCGCCGCCUCCACCCUGCCGCCCUGCCGUUCCCCCGCCGCCCCGCCUCCGCCCCACCUCCGCCCUGCCUCCGCCCUGCCGCAUCCCCGCCCGCGCCCACCGACACCUGCUGCGUCGCCUUCCUCCGCGCCGUGUACCCGUCGGGAGGAGGCGGAGGGGACGACUGCCUCUGCCACCUGCUCCGCAACCCGUUCCUCCUCGGCUUUCCCGUCGACGCCGCCUGCCUCGGCGCACUCCUCCCCGCCUGCGCCGCGGGCAACUCCUUCGCUGCCGCCACCGUCGAGGCUGCCACCCUCUUCGCCGACGCCUGCCGAGAUUUGAGGAGUUUUUUUUCCAAUGGUAGCGGCUCAAAUCCAAGUACUAAUUUAGUUGGUACUGUUGACGUGGAGACUGAAGAACAAGAGGACCUGGUGUGUUUCUUGACUUGAUCUUUUGUGUUUCUUGAUCUAAACGCAGUUAAAGCUUCAUUGUCACCCUGUGUAAAUGUCACAUCAUCUCUCUCUAUAUAUAUAUAUUCUAUGCUUCUAAGUUUCAUACUCGGUGCAGCAUUACAUUUUAAAUUUGUACAUACUACUUUUAACUUACUUAAUCUUUCGACGAUUUAACUUCGCCAUACCUUAAAUUUUUUUCGUCCUC